AUGAAUUUAAUAACUUAAAAAUAUAAAAAAAAUCUAUAGAUAAAUAAAAAUAAUUUAUUAAUAUGCGAUUUUUUUAAUAUUAAAGGAAAAAAUGAUACAAAAAUAUACUAUUUAGAGUUAUAUAAUGAUAAUAUUUAUAUAUAUAAAGUUAAUUAAAUACAUAAAAUAUAUACAUGUUAAUUAUUUUAAUAAAAAUUAUAAAAAAAUAAAAUUAAAUAGCCUUCAAAUACUAAUAUACCUUAUAAAUAAAUCGAUUUAAUAUAGGAUUUAUGUUUUGAAUUAGUACUAAACAAUAUAAAUUGUAUAAAAUUUGAUUAUUAAGAAAGUUAUUACGAAAUAUAUAACGAAGACAUUCAUAUAUUAAAAAAAUGGUAAUAUUAUUUAGAGAAAAUAUUAAAUUAAAGAGGAUUUCAUUAAUAAUUUAAAUGCUAUAAAAAAAUUGGUAAAGGAUCUUUUGCAUCUGUUUAUUUAGCAGAAAGAAUAUAAAAUAAUAAAUUAUAUGCGAUAAAAGCGUUUUCUAAAUAAAUAAUAUUUUCAUAAUAAUAUGGAAAAGAAUCUAUUUAAAAUGAAAUAUAAGUAAUGAGAGAAUUAAAUAAUGCAUAUUCUGUUUAAUUGCAUUGUGUUUUUGAAACAGAACGUUCUUUAUAUUUUGUUUUAGAUUACUUAGAAGGAGGUUAACUUUAGGAAAAAAUUGAUGCCAAAUAUAAAUUUUCGGUUUUUGAAAUAAAAAAUAUUAUGGUAAAACUUCUUUAUGCUAUAAAAAAUAUGCACUAUAAGAAAAUUAUGCACAGAGAUUUAAAACCAGAAAAUAUAUUAUUAAAGGAUAAUGUUUCUUAAUUACCAAUUAUUGCAGAUUUUGGUCUUGCAACAAAAUAUGAUUUAAAUGAAUUUUUAUUUGUAAGAUGUGGAACACCAGGUUUUGUAGCUCCUGAAGUUGUCAAUAUUAAAAAUCUUAAAACAACAUAUGGACCUUAAUGUGAUAUUUACUAAUUAGGAUUAAUAUUUUAUAUAUUAUUAAUUGGAAAUUCUCCUUUUCAAGGUAAAACUAUGGAUGAAAUACUUAUUUCUAAUAGAGAUGCCUAUAUUAAUUUUAAUAUUAAUGAAAUUUUGAAUUUACCUUUAGAUACAUAAGAUUUACUUAAAUGUAUGCUAAAAAAAAACCCGAAUGAAAGAUUAACUGCUGAAAAUUGCCUAUAGCAUUAAUUUUUUAAAGAAAAUAUAUAUAUUAAAGUAGAUGUUAAUGAAUAUAAUGAUUAAAUAAAGUAUUUAUAAAAAUAUGAAUUUAUAUUUAAAAUUUUAUUAUUAAGAAAAGAUGAUAAUUAAGAAUAAUAUACUUUUUCGUAACAGAAAAGUUAAAAAUAAAUAUAAAAUUUAAAAAAUAUUGAAAAAGAUUCAUGUAAAACUUUGCUUUUAGGAAAUUCUUCUAAAACAUAUAAUGAAUUUGAAAGUAUAACAAGAGAUGAGAAUACAUGUAAUAGAAAUAAUGUAUAUAAACAAGAAUAAUAAAAAAAUAUAAGAAGUAAAUAGGAUAUUUAGAAUAAAGAUGUAGAUAAUAUAAUUUACAAUAAUAAUUAUGAAGGUGAUUUAUUAUUUAUAUAAUAAUUUAAAAUUCUAUUUUUAUUAAUAUCCAUAUAUAUAAAAAAAGAAAUUAUAAACGAAAAAAAUAAUUUAAUGAAUGAUAUUUAAAAUGAAAUUAUAAUAUGA